AUGACCUGGAUGACUGAGAACCUUCAUCAGCAUAUUGCACUCCAUUUUGGGAAAGACAUCCUCGGGAUAACGCGUGAGUAUGAGAAAUUGCUUAGGAAACUUGCAGAUUAUAGGAAUCAUCUACGUUUCAAUUUAAGAUGUAGACAGCAAGGUCUCAUUCCCAACAGUCUAAGACUGAAGUCUACUAUCAAAGGACACAGGGCAGAAGAGAUUCUUAGGAAUGCGCACAAAAAGCUGCUUAGUGAGAGGAUUAGACAGACUCAUUUCACAAUUGAAGCUAUCUCGCACAAAAUAGAUCAGAUAAGGCAGAAGCUAUCCAAACUUCUCCCCGAAACCUUGUUUGAAGAAGUUGCUAUUUUGGUCAAUAAAGCCAAGCUUUCACAACAUCAUAAAACAAAAGAAAGACAAAAAGCCAAAUUCAAAAGAUUACAACAGAAAGCAGCAUUUAAACAAGAGAGCAACAUGACUCAGGAGGAUAACAUCAAGGUUGAAGACAAGUGGGUAAAAAACCUAUCUAGCAGACCACUGACAAAACCAGAGAUGGAUGUACUGAGUAAAGGCCUGAAUUUUGCCAUUGCUCCACAAGAAGUACCCAUUGUGGAACUGAUCACGGCCACUGAAUCGGCCAUCAGGAACAACAACCUGGCUGAAACGGAGGCAGAGCAACUCAGAAUGAAGGUAACAGCCACCCUGUCCAGCGCCAAACCACCUCCUUCCAACCUCACACCCCAGGAAAUGAAAGCCAUAACAUCCCUGAGCCAGGACCAAAGCAUCACCAUAUUACCAGCAGACAAAGGAAGAUGCACCGUAGUCCUCAACACCUCAGACUACCAAGACAAAAUUAUCACUCUACUGAAGGACACUAAUACGUAUGAAUCCUUGAAAAGAGAUCCAACCAGCGGCUACAAAAAGAAAAUAAUAGACUAUCUCAAACAACUUGAAAAAGACAAGGUAAUUAACAGCACAGCCUAUUUCAGAUUAUAUCCAGGGGAGGAAAUUCCAUGCUUAUAUGGACUUCCAAAAAUUCACAAAGAAGGGGCACCACUCAGGCCCAUCGUCAGCAGCAUUAACUCAGUAACAUACAACAUUGCUAAACAGCUUACUAAUAUCUUAGCUCCCUUGGUGGGGAACACACCACAUCACAUAGAAAACUCCAAAGAUUUUGCCAACAAAGCCAAACAUUUAAGGAUGGCUCCAGGAGAAACCUUGGUAUCGUUUGAUGUUACUUCACUUUUCACAUGCAUACCUAUAACAGAGGCAGUGGAAACAGUCAGGACACGUCUUGAACAAGAUAGUGAUUUAAACAACAGGACUAAUUUCACUCCGGACCAGAUCUGCACACUACUGGGCCUUUGUCUUUCCACAACCUAUUUCAAAUUCAGAGGUAAUUUUUACAGACAGAAGCAUGGCUGCGCAAUGGGAUCUCCAGUACCACCAAUUGUAGCCAAUCUUUACAUGGAAGAAAUGGAAAAGAGAGCUUUAGACACUUUCAAUGGAAUACCACCAAGCCACUGGUUUAGAUACGUGGAUGACACUUUCGUCAAAAUCCAACUAGAGGAAGUGGAAGCUUUCACCAAACACAUCAACUCUGUUGACCGUAACAUCAAAUUCACCAGAGAGGAUGCCAAGGACAACAAACUACCCUUUCUGGACUGCCUGGUGAGCAUGGAAGGAGAUGGAAGCCUAAACAUUGAAGUGUAUAGGAAACCUACUCACACAGACCAGUAUCUUCUUUUUGACUCACACCACCCACUGGAACACAAACUCUCAGUCAUCAGAACCUUACAACACCGGGCAGAACAUGUCCCUACUAAAACAGAUGGGAAGCAAAAAGAACAGAAACACAUCAAAGAUGCUCUCCGAAACUGUGGAUAUCCAAACUGGCCUUUUAUCAAAUCAGCAAGGAAAUCCAAAAGACACGCAACAGAAGACAGCGAUGGGAAAAUUAAACGCAAAAACAUCACAAUCCCUUAUGUUGCUGGAGUGUCUGAAAAGCUCAAGAGGAUAUACUCCAAACACAAGAUCCCAGUACAUUUCAAGCCAAACCAAACCCUUAAACAGAGGCUAGUGCACCCUAAAGAUAAAACCCCCAGACCGAAUAUGAGCGGAGUGGUAUAUGCUGUUCAGUGCAGCGAGGAAUGCUCUGAUCUUUAUAUUGGCGAAACAAAACAACCUCUCCACAGACGCAUGGCCCAACACAGAAGAGCGGCCGCCUCUGGACAAGACUCCGCAGUACACCUACACCUUAUGGACAAAGGACAUUCUUUUGAGGACCAGAAUGUGCAUAUUCUGGAUAAAGAAAAUAGGUGGUUUGAGAGGGGCGUGAAGGAAGCCAUCUAUGUUAAGAGAGAAAAACCAACUUUAAACAGAGGUGGUGGACUCAGAUUCCAGCUUCCAAAAACAUACAAUUCA